UUGGACAAUAACCUUAAACUAUCUGAGGUACAUGAACAAUCAACCUUUCAAAUUUACAAACUUAUUUUACUCCUAGCUGGAUUUUUAACUGGGAAAGAAGAGAAACUGGAGCACAGAGUUCAGCUUCACCAUCCAAUAUGCAAGAAGACAUCCUCCUGGACCAUCGCUGCUUCUUCAAGGUCUAACUGAAGCGCACGUUGCUCACUGUAAUCGUGUUUCACACCUUUCUCCUUUUAUUGUUCUUUCUUUCAAAAAGCAACAGAUUGAGGAUCCUGAAUGAUGCGACCGGACAGAGGACGGUAACCUUCUGGUUUCAGAACUGAUCAAUCAAGGAUGGGCGGCAUCAGAGGAGGUCCAGUGAAAAUGCAGAAGAGGUUAAUUGAGCUGUUGCUGCUAGUUGGUAUUAUUGGUUUGAGUCGCGGGGCCAUUCAGAGACCUGACUAUGAUGACACACCCAGCCCGGAGUUCCUCAACCCGUCCUGGAUGGCGAGCCUCCCUGAUGAUCAACCGCUGUCUGAGGUCACGAUGCCGGGGACCCACAACACCAUGGCUCUGUACGGUGGCGUCUUUGCAGAGUGCCAGACCUGGAGCUUAGCCUCCCAGCUCCGAGCCGGCGUCCGCUUCCUGGACGUCCGUGUCCGUUACUUCAAUGGCAACCUCACCAUCCAUCACGGGGUGUCUUAUCAGUGGGCGCACUUCGGCCACGUGCUGGAGGGCGUGGCCGACUUCCUCGUGGAGUAUCCUAGUGAGACGGUGCUGAUGCGCGUGAAGGAGGAGUACAGUGAGACGUAUGACAUCUACGGGGCAGUGGUCGACUACGUCCGUCGCUACGCCGACUGGGACCUUCUGUGGCACAGCCGGCUCGUGCCGACCAUGGGAGAGGCCCGAGGGAAGCUCGUCGUCCUGCAAGACUUUCCUGGGCCAGACUUGGGGAUGCGCUAUGAUUCCUUGGACAUAGCAGAUGACUGGAGAGUACACACACUUCUGCAUGUGAAGGAGAAAUGGCAGAGCGUCUAUCAGCACCUGGUGGCUGCACCUGUGGGCAACCCGGCCCGGAUGUUUCUGACCUUCAGCAGUGGAGCUGGUUUGUUUGCGCAUCCCAGAGCCGUCGCUCAGCGCAUCAACGCACAGCUGCACGACUACGUGGGCAACAAGACGGACCUGAACCAGCGCCUUGGAAUCGUAUGCAUGGACUUCCCGGCUGCUCCCAUGAUUCAAACAAUCAUCGACUUCCAACUGAAAGAGGCAAAAAAGAACAAAAAGGCCUUUCGCUCAGUUUUUGGCAAGACCAGUUUGAAAUAUAUAGUUUCUCAACUGAAAAAGAAGAUGACCAGAUAUUUUAAGUUUAAUGUCCGAGUCAAAGUCAAGCAUGAGGGAAGAAUGGACCUGUCGAUGAGGCAUCAAUAUGGGAUUCAAUAGGUGGAACCACUAUUCUACUGUCAGUGACAUAAUCUCAAUUGUACUUUCUCAUUGUGUCAUUCAACAAAGAUACUGGGAACAAAUAAAUAAUGCAUUCAAAAUAAAUGUGAAAUUAUGUACAAUAAAUAAACUGCAGUAAAAACUGGUAAAGUGCAUUAUAACUGGUAUACAUCACCAGGAAGUUCAUUUGACAACUGAAAAAAAUUAAAUAAGCUAAAUAAAUACCAAUAAUGUUCUUCUCCACUGGAGAAAAAUAACUCCAGUCUGACAGAUGAUCAGCGCCGGGUUGUGUGAAGUCGUGUGCGUCAUUGUCACAUGGCGGCGUGCUGCUGCAGAGGUUGUGUUGACAUCCUGUUCUGGGUUUGUUGGAGUGUC